AUGGGUGUGAAGAUGGCUGAAUGCGAAUCUCCUCCAGAUCCCGGCUUCUCUGAUUCGAUAUCCGAUUGCUCCUCAAUAACUAUAUCCUUAUCUACCUCCCAGCCUCCCUGCGAACCGACCUUCCUCCCUUAUUGGGCCCGUUACAAGACAAAGUGUGCCCAAGAUCUACUGGACUACUCCGACGAGCCAAUCGUAUACGACCACGACGACGAAGACUAUCACGACAACUGUUUCUUUUUCCCAGAAGACUGCUCGUGGACACCACCAAAAGACUACAUCGCGGAAGCAGAUUGCGUAUUACUGCAGAAGAAACCCGAGGUUCAGGUGGAGGAAUACACGCCUUCGGUAGGCCAGGACACCGACACCGACACUAUGAUUCCCGGUCUCCCCGACAUCAAAAUGCUAGACGCUGAGGCACUAAGCGACCUUUUGGAAGAUAACCUUUCACCACCGGAGAUCACAACCAUCAUUGUCUUCGCAACAAACGGCGCCGUCUUCGCCCACGGCUCCUCCCUCUCCUCACGCCAACUGCGCAACCUCAGCGCAACCUACGGCGCCGCCUACACAUGCUACGCCAAGAUGGCCUCGACUGGGAACCUGACGGGCGUCAACCCAGCCAGCCAUCCCUCAUCCUACGUGACCGCCAAAUCAAUGUCGCUAGGCGACGUAGGCUCGAUUGUCUUCGAACUCGACGACUCCGUCGCAGUGGUAACCCGCAUCGCGGACAAAGUCCUCGUGGCCGCUGUCGGCCCAUCCAGACUAGACUCCCCAGAGCCAAACGGUGCCGCCAACACCGACUCUGUCGCGGCUGAUAAUAGCAUCGCCGAUGCUAGUAAUGGAACUUGUACACCUGACGGCUCACAGGGUGAUAUCUCGCGCACACUGGCUUCCGUGCCUGCAUCUCCGAACCAGACUCAAAACGGCCACCGAGACCCGCAGUUUGAGGUUGACCGCAGCGCUGACCUCGCGCGUCUGUCUAGUUUAAACCUCUCUGCCUCACCGGCUGUCUUGCUUGCGCUGGAGUCUAAAUGCGCUGCGCUAGGACGCUUCCUUGGAGAGAAGCUGGAUGACUUGGAAAGUCCCGAGGAUUUCUGA